UAUUAAAAAAACAUUGUAUUUCUUCAUUCUAGGAGCACGGCACUCUCUCUUUCUAUGCCUUCUGGGUUCCGCCGCGGUCUCCUCCCCCACUCCCUACCCUCUUCCUACCUGCACUCUUCUUAUUUCGCAUUAAACAAGCAAAGGCGAAAUCUUUUGCCCAGCUAAUUCAUACCGUCUCCUUCUCUAUUUCCUCACCAAUUUUGGGUUUUCUAUUCUCUCUUAUUUCUUUGUGGGUUGGUCUCCAUUGUCGUCAGUCGGAGACACACCCAAGCUCUAUCUAUUUUACCGCUUGCAUUGUGGAGUAAUGGCGUCCGGAGGAUUCUCCGGCUCAGUUAUUGACCCGGAGCAAUGCAGUCAGCUGAGCUUCGAAGAGAAAAGAGAUUUAGCUUGCAAGAUUGCUCGAUGGCCGAAUAAUGCAUGGGAGGCUCUUAGUUCAUUCACACGCAGGGAGCUUCUUCAGAUUAUCUGUGCAGAGAUGGGUAAAGAGAGGAAAUAUUCAGGGUACACUAAAUCUCAGCUGAUCAAACAACUUCUGAAGGUAGUCUCACAGAAUUGCAAGGGAAACGACGAUGAUGCAGAUAAAGUGAAAGCAUCAUGUGCUUCCAUCGGAGCUCAAAAUGGGGUUAAGAGGAAAAGACUGAAUGAAUUUAAAGUGCAAUCUUCAACUGAGGAAAACCCUCCUGAUUCUCUGGUACGCACCAAGGAACAAGUUGAGGUCCAAGUUUGUCAGAAUGCUGCAUGUCGGGCCAGUUUAUCUUCCAAUGAUGCGUUCUGCAGGAGAUGUUCUUGCUGUAUCUGUCAUUAUUACGACGAAAAUAAGGAUCCCAGUCUGUGGCUAACCUGUGGUUCUGACUCCUGUACCGAGAAUUCCUGUGGGUUUACUUGCCAUCUCGUAUGUGCCCUGAAGGAUAAAAGGUCUGGAAUCGUCAAUAAUACGGGUUCGGGUAAAAAGCUGGAUGGGAGUUUCUACUGCGUUUCUUGUGGGAAAGUCAAUGGACUAAUGAGAAUCUGGAGAAAGCAACUAUUGAUUGCCAAAGAAGCUAGAAGAGUGGAUGUAUUGUGUCUGCGAGUCCUCCUGGCCCAUAAGCUUCUCUCUGGAACUGAACAAUACAAUGAGAUCCACAAAAUGAUGGAAACUGCAUUGCAGUUGCUGAAGAAUGAGCUGGGUCCUCUGGAUCUCGUGUGCACGAAGAUGGCACGGGGUAUUGUCAAUAGACUUUCUUGUGGCUCUGAGGUUCAGAAGUUUUGUGCAUCUGCAAUCGAAUCCUUCGAUUUAAAAUCUUCUGGUGAUUGUCCAGGCUAUGAGCAGAAGAAAGAGGCACCACCCUCUUGUGGAACUCGUCCGGAAGAAUGCUCACCACGUCCAGCCAUAGAAGAUGUUGCAUUGACCAACCAUGGGUCGUUUUCGCCAUCCACGCCCUGCAAGUCCAGCGAGACACAGGAUGUCUCCGGUUUUGGAUGCAAACGAAGAGCAGAGGAAAGCGAGUACGAGUACUCGGUACGAGCGGUGAAAUGGCUGGAGCAGGAAGGGCAGAUAGAGGAAGGUUUCAGAGUGAAGUUCCUGACUUGGUUUAGCCUGAAAGCAACUGCUCAAGAGAGGAGGGUGGUCAAUGCUUUCGUGGACGCAUUGGUUGACCACCCACCAAGCCUGGCUGAGCAGCUCAAGCACGCAUUCAUGGAUGAGAUUUGUUGUGACCAGAAACCUGUAGCUGAAUGUGGAUCGUGCGCUAGGUUUCGGCGUUGUCUUUGACAGCAGGACAUUGACCCAUCUCUGGCUGUUCAACAUUUUUUGGAUCCAUGGUCGUCUUGAUAUCUUCUUAGGGCUUAGCAAUUGUUUGACAGCAGGUUAACUACCGUUUUAGACGUACAAGUAUAAUUGUACGAAAGUACAUUAUUGGAAGUAGGAUUCGAGUAGACCAAUGUAAUUGUUGCGCAAUGCAAAGCAUUUUCUUCCAGUGAAGUUCCAGAGGGACACUGUUGUCGAACACAAUUCAGUUUGUUUGAAUGAACCUUUACCUAGGAAUGGAAUACAAUUGAAAGGACGAAAUUACAAUGAAAAGAACAAAAGUGCAGCAGAGAUGACAAUUUCAAUCAGGAUCAGUAGCUUCGAGUAUGGAAGGAAUACACCAGUGGGGCUAUAUUCAACUGACUUAGAUUCUGCGCCAUGAAGAGGAAAGGAAGCAAGCUCUACCUCUAGCCUUACUGUCAUUCCCAUUCUAUGUUCCACACAUCUUUUUUCCAACAAACUUUUCUACUUUACAGCACAGACACUAGUAGGGGACUGAACCUCACUAUGGAAUCUUCACCUGACAAAGAUGAACAACAAAUAGUUCGUUAUAGAGUACAAAACUAACACAAUGUCUCUACUUUUAUCUUUGAAAAGGUAUUCCAACCAAUUACUCAUACAGAACACAAGCACUGUACUUCCCUCAAUAGAGACAUAUGGCUGCACAGUGCAUACAAACAAAACAAAAUACCCAAACUAUGACAGUGCUCCAAUGAAACCAUGUAUAUCCAUUCUUCUUUGAACACAAGGCAAUUAGUAUGAGAGGAAGGUGUGAAAACACGUGAUCAGCAUUAGCAGCCGUAAAAAGAAUGCAAGCAAAUAUUGCAGAUAAGAACUUCAAUCCCCACAGCAAAAAUAGCAUCUCAAAGUUGUUCCAGAAAGCUGUUCUAGCCUCUGCACUUUUUCACAGAGUAGAAGCAGGACCACCAAAUUAUCGAAAUGACUGCUAAUCUCACCUAGCAAAUGAUCUUUAAUAGCUCUUCUUGAGAUUCCAGUCCUGCAUCUUCAACAGCAUGGAAACCAGCAGUUAGAUCAGUCACACAACUUAAGCAUCAAGUGCUUGGAUCAGCGUUGGAAGCUUCGUUAAAUGAAGAGGCAAGGUACUC